UUGACGGAAGUCCUGUCCAAGCUAACGUUGUCGAGCGCGCUGAAAUUCAAACGCGAAGGAGGAGACGAGACACAUAAACCUCCAGCUUGUCUGCCGGCAGUCAGUCUGUCCUGUGGGACGUCCUGUUUCUCGACUACCAUACAAGCGUCUCAGCUCAGCAUGGAAGCUGCUGAAGACAACAGCAGUGCUAACACUAGCUUAAAGAGGCAGAGAGCGACUCUAGCCGAGACUGGCGACAAUCUGCUCUCACUAUCAGACGUCAACGAUGGUCAGAAGCGUCCACGAUUGGAAUCAAGGGGUCAGGAGAAUCGCACUCCAAGAGCGUCUCCGUGUGGACGUGGAGCUGAGCUGCUGAUAAAGCCUGAUACGCCCAUGGUGCCCUCAGUGCAGCAACGAGUGCAGCAGCUGGCCCAGAAAGGAGACGUGGCGCAACACUGCCUGCUAGAUGGCAGCACUUCCCUCUCCAGCAAACAUCACCAGCAUCUUCUCAGCGAGGCAGACUUUCAUCAGCGCAUGGAGCGUUUCAAAGGACCGCUCUUCCGGGCUGGCCCCGACGCCACGCCCAGCCCGGGCAAGCCCCGCCCACUCAACCUGUCCAACAUCGUCUCUGGUAUUCAGCAGAAACUGCAUGGUGACGCAACACCCAGCUCGAAGCAGGCUUCUCGUAUUCGCCAGGAGCGGGAGCAGGAGCUGAACCAGUUGAACUUGCAACCAAUCAGGGACAAUGCCUGGCUCAAGAGGAGCAGCUCUGAUUCCUCACUCUGUCAGAAGCAGGAAAGGACCCUGCCACCCUCUUCCUGCACUCCAAGAUCCAAAAGGCUGGUGCAAUGGCCGCCCGUGCAGCCGUAUUAUGAUGUCGACGCAGACAUGAAAGACGGCAGCUUCACAUCAGGAGCACACAGUUCAUCGCCAUCAGGGCCCGGCGCCCCCAGUGAAGGGCGGCCGCCCCCUGCAUGGAAGGAGCAAACCACCCUUCAGGUUGACCUCGAGGGAGGGAAAACGGUACUUGCAAAGCAACCUGUACUACAGCUGUCCUUCUCCGAGGAUGGUGGUGUCUUCUCCAAAGCGGCGUGCGGUGAAGAUCAGAAAUAUUCCGAGCCGCCUGCAGGAGAUGAUGACAAUGUCCUGGAAUCCACCCGUGACGAGUCCAGCGCAGAUAACGCGAAUGUUUCCAAUGUGACGCAAUGGAACGUGUGGACCGGAGAAGAUGAGAAAGAAGGUGGAUCAUCUUGCGUUGAAGAAAGCAUGGAGCUCUCGACGGAGGAGGAGUCGAGGGUUUGGAGGUAUCCUACUUGUCAGGGUGGAGACCUUGCAAAGCAAAGUGAGGACAGGUGCUGUGAUUCUUCCGGAGAAGAAUCCAGGAUCCUGGAUGCUGAUCAUCUCACGAUUGAGGCUUCCACUGUUGGGAAGUCUGCGUGCCCUCAUACCAACCAUGGCAGAAGACCAAGCGAAGAACUUCACUGUCAGGAUGCUGCUGCAACUCUCACCUCAAAUAUUGAUAAAAAGAUGGGAAAAGAAGCAGAAGUGGAGAAAAGUCAACAGGACCUGGAUGAGGAACCUGAUGAGAAACCAGGGACUGGAUUUGAUGCAAAGGUAGAAAACAGUGUUCCAAAGACUCUUGAGGAAACACAGGCGUUAGUUGGAUGCCGGACCGUGGAAAACGAUUCCCAGCGUGCUGUGGGAGGAGAACCCUCCAAGAAGGUUACCUUCAUCCUGGAACCGGAGUUCAUCAAUAGCUCCACCUCCAUGGAGUCUGACCUGUCAGAUGUCGAUCUCAGCUCACAUGAUGACACCAACACCGCUGACAUCAUCGACCAGAUGUUUGAGGAGGUUCUGGAAUACGCUGAAAAACUUGAGGAAAGGCGGUCCAGCAAUGAGGGAGAAAAAGAUGGCGCCCAUAUUGAGUCCGAGCGGGAAGAAGAAAAAGAAGAAGAAGAAGACCAGGUAGAUGCCAAAAAAGAAGAGUGUGAGGAUGAGCUGUUCCUCCCUACGACGAGCAUCCUCUCCCCUCUCAGCAAGUCUAUAGAGGCUGUGGUCACCCCGCUGCGCCUGGACGCCGGCGCGGAAGCGAAUCCUCCAUCUCUUCUCCUGACGCCAGAUGAGACUACCAGUCCUCUUUACAGUGUUGAUGCCUACCGCACACAAAGGCAGAGCAAGAUGGCCGCCACGAUCCAGAGUGUCACUCCCAGGGUGCAGAGAAGAGCUCCUGACAAGCCCCAACCUGGAUCAUCCACCAACUCCAAGGAGAGAAUCGCGACGCUAAACGAGGAAGCGGCCAAGCUGCAGAUUGUCAUCAACCAGACCCUGCAGGCUCUGAGCUGCUGCACCGACGAAGAGCACGGACGGGGUUCGCUGGAGGAGGCGGAGGCUGAAAAACUGCUCCUGGUGUCCUGUGAGAAGCGCUCGGCGUGCCUCGCAGAAGCGGCCCGGCUGAGGGACGGGAGGAGUUCCAGUUCUUCAGGGGAGGACGACGUCACUCAGCAGCCCUGCAGAGCGACUGUGACCAUCACAAAUAUUCAACUUCCUCUCAAGGUGGAAUUUGUCUGCUCCUCGUACAACCGCUCAGCCGCCAACCACCAGCCCAGUCACUACUUCUUCAUCCUGAUCCGCUACGGCGCCUGUAACAUUGUGGCCACACCCCUCGCCACAGCAGCCGACGCCCAGAACGGAGACACUAUUUCUUUCCCCACGUGUGUCACUCUCAAGGACAUCGCCUCCACUUUCCAUAUUGACGUGGAAGUCUACAGCCUGUCCCACACUUUGGGGACCAUCACUGGCAUGGAGCGUAGCACCGCCAGGUCACGGGUGACGCCGAGAAAGCUUCUCAAUACUCUAACAAAGGCCAGCAGCACUCUGACGUCUGCUGCUGUCCCAGCCUUCAGCACUCAUCGCUCCAGUAACUUUACUUUGGUCGGGUCCCACAAGAUCACUUUAGCCUCUCUGGGACACCGAAAGUUCGCUUUGGAUAAGAUGAAACUUGACGGCAAAGUCAGGAAGCUCCUGGGAGAUGAAUUUCAGGAAAAGGUGCCCUUUCUGUCUCCUUUAGAGGGAAGCAUCUACCUGCAGGUAGACAGCCAGAGCCAUUCCUGUGUGCAGCACCAAGGCUUCCUGACAAUGUUUGAGUUGCUAAGUGGAUUCGGGGUUUGGCAUCGCCGCUAUUUCACCCUGGAUGGCUGCACCCUGCAUUACUGGAAUCAUCCCAACGACAAGGAGAGCAAGGAAGCUGAGGGAGUCAUCUCCCUGUCCAGCUCCCCCAACCGGUGCGUCCGACCCGUCAAGAGGGACUCGUGCGCUCGACCUUUCACCUUUGAGCUGGUGAGCAGCCUUCCACAAGACGACAACCAGGAAUCCUUCAGCAAGCGUUGGUUUUCGGCGGACACCAAGCAGGAGAGGCUGGACUGGAUGGAGAAGCUCAACCAGGCCCUCUUGGACUUCCACACGUGGAAGCCGGCAGCAUCCAUCCCCGUCCAGCCGUCCGACACCUCCAGGGGGAACCUGAGGGAAAGCAUCUUGUAACCUUUCCUUCCUUGCCUUCACUCCUGUUUCCUUAUACCUCGUACUACAUCUUCUUCUUCCUGCUAUCCUCUUAUUUCGAUGCUGUUGAAGCAAAACGAUUGCUGGUUUUUGGACUCAAUACAGGAUGUAUCUCACGUCUUUGAUUUACAGUAUAUACUGUAUAUACAGUAUACUCUAUAUACUGUAUACACUGUAUAUACAGUAUAAACCAUAUAUAUGGUAUACAAGGUAUACGCAGUAUCAAUGAAGUAAUAAUGUGUAAAAGAUGAAUAAUUGUUUUCCAGGUGUGAGUAUGAUUGUGCAUACGUUGAUGUUUGUAUGUAUUACAGUGUACACACUACACUGUAAUGGGGUAAUGUAACGGGGUGUAUACAGUACACAGUAGAGUAUAUCCAGUGGUGAUCAAUGCAGUUUUCUUUCUGGCUGAGUGAAGGAACUUCCUGUGCAAUAAAGAAAGA